AUGGCCGCUAAAAAGGAAAACGUCACCAUUGCCCUCCAUCGCUCUUCCGAUUCCAUCCCGCUUUUCCUCUCUGGUACCUUUACCAACCCGCAAUGGCAGCCCGUCAAGUUGACCGUCAAGCGCCCCCCACAAAGCGAGGACUGGAUUUACUCGCGCAAGAUGAAGCUGUCUCCAGGCCAGUAUCAGUAUCGGUUCUGUGAGGGGGAGGGGGACGAUGCUGUUUGGUUUCAUGAUGAGAGUGCGAAGCAGGUAUCCGGUGAUAAUGGCAUUGUAAACGUGCUGAAUGUCGGGGACAUGGCUGCUGGAGAAGAGUCUGUGACAAGCAGUGAAAAAUCUAUUUCCGAACCCGAGACCCAAACAAACGGCUCCAACGGUACUAACGGUACCAACGGCACAGAAACAGAACCAGUAGAAGAGACGAAACCAGUGGAGAAUGGACAUUCUGAGGAAACUUCUGACGUUCCGGAGGUUCCGGCUGAAGAGGUGCCAACGACAAACGGUACAAACGGUGUUCAGGCGGAAGACGCCGCUUCGGAAGAGCCUGCCACGGAAACUGUCAAGCCUACUACCAAUGGAACGGAAGCACCGGCUGCUGAGGAACCCGUCGAGGAACCCGCUGCUGAACCGGUCCAGGAGCCUACUACCAACGGGACGACGGAAGCUUCCGCUGCUGAGGAACACGUUGCUGAGCCUGCUACCAAUGGCACGGCCAAAGCCCCGGCUGCUGAAGAGUUGGCUGAGAAGGCUGUUGCUGAGGAAGAGAAGCCUGCUACAGAGGAUCCCACUGCAGAGCUGGUGACUGAGGAACCGGCAAAGGAGCGCGUUGAGUCGGCUGCUCCUGUCGAAGCUCCUACCACCGAAGAGACCCCCGCAGUUGAGGAACCUGCGGAACCCGUUACAGAGACCCUUGCCGCGGAACCAGCAGAGACACCGGCUGUCGCUGAGGCUAUGGAGGCUGAUGCUGAGCCUGAGACUACUCAAGAGCCUGAGACUACUCAAGAGCCCGCGAAGGAGGCUGACGAGGUCAAGGUGGAAACCGUCAACGAACCCGCAGAGCCCGCUGCAGAAACCCCUGCUGUCGCAGUAGCGAUAGAGGCUGCCACUGAGCCUGAGACUGCUCAGGAGUCGGCUGUCACUGAUGCCGAGGAGCCCGUGAAGGAGACUGACGAGGUCAAGGUGGAAAACGUCGAAGAAUCAUCCACAGAGACCAAGGAAGAGCCUUCGGAAGUGCCUGCUACUGAGGAUUCCGUGAAGGAAACUCCUGUCAUAGAGACCCCAAGCGAAGAACCCACCGUCGAGGUUAAGGAGUCCGCUGCCGAAAAACCCGCUACUGACGUAGAGGCCCCUGCUGAGACUGCACCUGUCGUUGAAGAGGCCAAGGAGGAAAUUCAGGAGGAAACCACUCCUGCUCCUGAGGAAAAGCCUGUUGUGGAGGAGCCUGUUGAGGCCCAGUCCACUAAGGAAGAAUCGACUGAAACCAUUGUAGAGACACCGGCCGCUGAAGAGCUUGCCCAGGCCACCAUUGAGGAGCGGCCUGCCACCGAAGAACCUGCUGAACCAGUUAAGGAGGAGCCUAUUUCUGAAAACCCUGCAGCCGAAGUUCCUGUUGAGGAGAAGCACGACGAGCCUAUUGCUGAGGCAGUGGAGGAAACUGUUGCUGAAGCUCCUGUCGAGGAGAAGCAGGAGACUGCUGAGCCUGUCGCUGAGUCUGUUGCUGAGCCUGUCGCUGAGCCCGUCGCUGAGCCCGUCGCUGAGCCCGCCGCUGAGUCUGUCGCCGAGCCUGUCGCCGAGCCUGUCGCUGAGCCUGUCGCUGAGCCCGCCGCUGAGCCCGCCGCUGAGCCUGUCGCCGAGCCUGUCGCUGAGCCUGUCGCCGAGCCUGUCGCUGAGCCUGUCGCUGAGCCUGUCGCUGAGCCCGUCGCUGAGCCCGUCGCUGAGCCCGUCGCUGAGUCUGUUGCUGAGCCUGUUGCUGAGGUUACUACUGAGGCCCCCGCUGAGGAGCAGGAGACUGCUGAUGAGCCCGCCACCGAAGCCCUUGUGAAAGAAAAACAGGAGCCGGCCAUUGAGCCUGCUGUUGAGGCAGUGAAGGAAGAGCCUGUCGCUGAAGCUGCAGAGACCCCUGCUCCCGAGGUGACUGUCGAGGAGACCCUCAAAUCGACUGCGGAGGAGCCCGCAACGGAAGCCCAAGCCGUCGAAACUGUUGCUGCGGAAGAGACCCCUGCCGUUGACGCCGUGAAGGAAGAGCCUGAGGCCGCCCUGCAAGCUGUUGAGAAGACAGUGGAGGAGUCUACCAAGGAGCCCGAGACCGUCCAAGAUGCUGAGGAGAUUUCGACUGAAGAGCCCACCACUGAGGAGUCCGCACCUGUUGAAGGAUCUGUUAAGGAGCCUGCCGUCGAGGAGCCUGUUGCAAAGGAACCUGCUGCUGAGGAACCAGUCGUUGAAAUGCCCGCUGCCAAGACGACCACUGAAGCUCCUGUCGCCGAGGAACCCGCUGCGGAGACUACUACCGAGGAAGCUCUUAAGGAGGAAGCCCCUACCCCCGCCGCUGAGACCGUCGAAGAGGCCGUCCCUGAGCCUGUUGCUGAGAAGCAGGAGCCAGAAGAGCCUGUCGAGGUCCCUGUCGAGGUCCCUGUCGAGGUCCCCGUGGAGCCGUCUACCGAACAGGAGAAGCCGGUCGCUGAGGAGAAACCCGCCGGGGAACCAGAGCACAAGGAUGAGUCUGGGGAACGUGCGCUUGCAGAGCCGGCAACUGAGGACCCGGUUGCAGAGGAGAAGAUCGUCGAAGAGCCCGCCAAGGAGGAACUUGUUGCUGAGCCGGUUGUGGAGCAGGUCAUCGAAGAGCCCGUCAAGGAAGAGCCUGUUGCUGAGCCUGCGACUGAGACUGCGGAACCUGAUGUUGACGCACCAGCCCCCGAAGAACCAGUUGCGCAGUCCGCACCAGCUGAGGCCCCUGCUGUCGAGGCUGUGAAUACCGAAGAGACCGUUUCAGAACCAGAGCCAGUGGUUGAGGCGACACCAGAGACCGCCUCGAAGGACACUCUGCAGGAGCCCAAUGGUCAUCCUGUCGAGCAGCGCGAAACCGUCCCUGAAGCCCAGGAGGCCGGUUCCUCGGAACCUGCUCAGGAGAGUACUCCGGCUGAAGAGGACGCUAACAAGGACAGCAGCAUCCUGACCCCCGAGACUCUUGGUAUUGGUGCUGCCGCUGCAGCCACCGCCGGUGCUGCUAUUGCUGCUGGUGUGGCCGUGGCGCACAAGGAGUCCGAAGCCGUUGCUCCUGAGAUCAAUGACAGCGAGCCCAAGCCCGCAGAAACUAAGCAGGAUGCUCUCGCAGCACAAGAGCCCGAGCCAAGUGCUCGUGCCGCAGAACCGGAACCGUCGUCGAAGCCCGAAGUCGAGGCACCCGCCGAGUCGACAACCGAGUCGACAACCACCGAAGCAGCCAACAAGGCUGGUGAUGUUUCUACUGGGAAUACAAAUCGGUCAGUGACUACUGCUAGAGCAGUUUCCUUGAACCAUGGCGACAGCUGGUUGAAAUCCAUUGUCCGAUCCGUGUUUUCCAACCUGUUUGGUGCUCUAUUCUCGCCUUUCCGCGGCAGCGGAAAGGCCGAGCAGUAG